AGAAGAAGAAGGAAACGUUGUAGUUACGGCGAAGCUUCCGCUAGCUGUUUUUUUUCACUCUGUGUUAGUUCAGUUAAAUCUUACACGUUCUUAAAGARACUCACUGUGUUUCUGUGAAGGAUGGAGACUAUUUUAGAACAGCAGCGUCGCUAUCACGAGGAGAAAGAGAGGCUAAUGGACGCCAAAACCAAAGAAAUGUUGCAUAAGAAGUCCACGCUGCGGGAUCAAAUUAAUUCUGAUCAUCGAAUCAGAGCCAUGUUGGAUCAUGAGAAGAGAUGAACUUGCUGCCAUCUCAGGACCAAAUGAGUUUGCAGAGUUCUACAACCGYCUGAAACUGAUUAAAGAGUUUCAUCGAAAGCAUCCAAACGAGGUUUCCAUUCCCAUGUCUGUCGAGUUCGAAGAGUUGAUGAAGGCCAAAGAGAACCCCAGRGAGGAGGCUCAGAACAUGGUGGAUUUCACUGAUGAAGAGGGAUACGGACGCUACCUUGAUCUGCAUGACUGCUACCUGAAYUACAUCAACCUAAAGGGAGCUGAGAAACUGGACUACAUCACUUACCUGACUUCAUUCGACCAACUUUUUGACAUCUCCAAGGACAGAAAAAACGCUGAAUACAAAAGGUACCUGGAGAUGCUGCUGGAGUACCUGCAGGAUUACACAGACCGUGUCAAGCCUCUGCUGGACCAGAACGAUCUCUACGGCAAAGUGUUGUCUGACUUUGAGAAGAAAUGGGAAAAUGGGACAUUUCCAGGGUGGCCUAAAGAAACGAGCAGUGCUUUGACACAUGCUGGAGCUCAUCUGGACCUCUCAGCUUUUUCUUCUUGGGAGGAGUUGGCCUCGUUGGGUCUGGACAGAUUGAAGUCUGCUCUUAUGGCUUUGGGACUGAAGUGUGGAGGGACUCUAGAGGAGCGAGCMCAGAGGUUGUUCAGCACUAAAGGUAAAUCCCUGGAAUCACUUGACCCGUCUCUGUUUGCCAAGAACCCCAAAGCCAAAGGCCCCAAAAAAGACACAGAGCGAAACAAGGAGAUUGGCUUCCUGGAAGCUCAGGUGUAUGAGUACGUGGAGAUCCUGGGGGAACAAAGGCAGCUGACUCACGAGAACGUUCAGAGGAAACAGGCGAGAACAGGCGAGGAGCGUGAGGAGGAGGAGGAAGAGCAGCUCAGCGAGAGUGAGAGCGAAGACGAAGACAACGAAAUCAUCUACAACCCCAAGAACCUGCCGCUGGGCUGGGACGGAAAGCCGAUCCCUUACUGGCUCUAUAAACUCCAUGGUCUGAACAUCAACUACAACUGUGAGAUCUGUGGAAACUACACAUACAGAGGGCCCAAAGCCUUCCAGAGACACUUUGCGGAGUGGAGACAUGCUCAUGGUAUGCGUUGUUUAGGAAUCCCCAACACUGCACAUUUUGCUAACGUCACGCAGAUCGAAGAUGCAGUCUCUUUGUGGGCAAAGCUGAAAUCCCAGAAGGCACUGGAGCGGUGGCAGCCUGACACAGAAGAGGAGUAUGAAGACUCCAUUGGAAACGUGGUGAACAAGAAGACCUACGAGGAUCUGAAGCGACAGGGUCUGCUGUAGGUGGACAGAGGGUUUGGUUUCUGGAGCUUCCUGUCAGAUGCAUUUUUUUAUUUCCUUGUGUCUACUUAUGUGUUACUAAUGUUCAAUAAAUGGAGUACUUUAGA